CAAACACAUUUUUAUAGACACACAAUUUUCUAUUUAUUAGCUUUUUUUGUUCUCUACAUUAAAAAAACCAUCAACCGCCGAUUAGAAUAUUCUUGGAAGAUAAAAGAAUAAAGAAACUUAUAAAGCUUACAAAAUGGUUCGUCCUCGCAAAACAUUUGAAGAUGUUUAUGGUAUGGAAGCUGCUAAAGGCGUAACAGGCAAAGAAAAAAUCAAAAGCAACAUGCAAGCCAAUGUGCAAGACAAUGGCUAUAUUAUAACCUCCAAUAAGCCAUAUAAUACUGCUGCACCACCAAUGGCAACACCGCCGACAUCAGUAUACAAUGCGGGAGUCGCCAAUAGUUGCAGACGUAGAAGUGCUCGGCCUUAUGGAAAAGGGCCCUCAGGAGGAAAUGGCCACAAAUAUCCCAAAGCUGGAGAGCAUGACGUAGAUAUUGGUCGUAACAUUUGUGGUGUUGCCCCCAAACAGAGCAGCUUUAGAGGUGAUAAUAAAGCCUAUAAAUCGUACCCUGAAGCAAGCAACAAAAAUGUGGUCAACGAUGCUGGUCUACCGGCAAAUUUGCAGCAGCAGCAGCAUCAGCAUAGCCAUCAUCAUAACCAUCAUUCUCUUGGUCAGGAUAAUGCCACUGAAGAUGAGGAUAAAGAUGAUGAUACGGAAGAAUUUUUCCAACUCAUUCGACAAACGGUGGAAAAGGCCAUUGGCCAGAAAUCAAUUUCGGAGCUUUUGAAUCGCAAUUUUAAGGAGCUCAGUCUUAAAGUGGAUCGUUUGUCGGGUGAUUUGAAAAAUACUAAUCAAACCCUACGUAAAAUGCAAACGGAUUUGAAUAAAAAAAUCGUUCAUUGCGGCGAGGAAAACUCACGACGCUUCAACUUUCUUUGCAUGAAAUCGGAAUAUGACAAAAUGUUCUAUCAACAGCAGACCAUGAUGACAGCUGGUGUGGUGCCCACAAACAGCAGUAAUGAUAAAAAGAAAACCAGCCAUGCCAAAACCUUCACCAAUGAACCCAAAGAUAAAGCUGCAGAUGUGGAAGCCCCUCUAGCUCCUUGUACUUGUCGCAGCGUUAGGAAUAAACAUUCUCCUAGUAUCCCAAAAAUGUCUACUGCCAGAGUAGCCCGAAAAUCCUCAUCGGAUGAACAAAAUAUCAGCCAAAAAUCUUCGGAGGAAGGAAUGCGUGAAAUUAUUAACAAACUUACACGUUUCUGUGCCGAAAAGCUUACAAAGGACUCAAAACAGGACGAACAACCUUCAGGAUCAUUGCGCAAAAUAGCCAUAGAUCCCAUGGAAGCCAAUGGUGCUUUUGAUGGUGCCAGAGAUAUAAUGGAGGGCUAUCAUCAAGCCAAGACCAUACAGAUAAACAGGCAAAUAUUUGAUGAUGAUGAAUUUGAUAUGAGUACGGAUAGCACAUCGACACCACGCAGUGAUGAUGAAGCUGAAGCAAUGCCUCGUUCUCCACCAAGGGACAUUUUGACGGUUAGAACCCAAAACCUAAACCAGAGACAGCACAUGGGUUGUGGUGAUGGAGACGAUAGAGCUGGAGGAGAUGGUAAUUUAGUGACGAUUUAAAUACGGUAAUUUAGUGACGAUUUCACUUUGAACAAAAUUUUGAAGC